AUGGAGAAAUUAAAAUUCAGAAUUGGUUUUACCAACUGCAUGGCAGUGAGCAGUGAGGGGAGAAGUGGGGGCUUGGCUUUGUACUGGAACAAUAAUUCUCAGCUUGAAAUCCUUAAUUUCUCGAAACACCACAUUCAUGCUUUGGUCACCAAUAAGGAGGGGGAUGAUCGUGAAGGAGUCUCGUGGUAUCUGACUGGAAUUUAUGGCCACCCGGAAGCAUCAAGGAGGCUGGAAACUUGGAACAUGAUUAAAUCUCUGGCAGUCACAAGUGAUCGAGGAUGGUUAAUGAUGGGUGAUUUUAAUGAGAUCCUAAGUAACUAUGAGAAAAGAGGUGGCAGAAUCAGACAAGAAUGCCAAAUGAGGGACUUUAGACAGUUUCUAGAUGAGUGUGAGAUGAUGGACUUGGGCUUCAAUGGUAACCAAUUCACUUGGUGGAAUGGUAGGGAUCAGCAGCAUAGCAUUUGCGAGAGAUUAGAUCACUUUCUAGCUAAUAUGCAGUGGAAAUCUCUAAAUCUGUUGGCAGAAGUUAAUCAUGGCUUUGCACCUUAUUCCGACCACGUUCCUAUCAUCCUCACGACCCAAGAUGACAGAAGACACAUGGGUAGACAAAAUACUUUCAAGUUUGAGGCCAUUUGGGCGGACGAACCAGAUUGUAAAAAGGUAUGGAACAGAGCCUACUUUGGCAAUGUGAGAAGGAAUAUUGAACAGGCACGAUUGCAAUUAAGGAAGCUACUACAUUCUAACCCCUGCCACCUAAGGAGUGACUGUCUCCGUGAUGCUAGAUCAGAGCUUCAGAAGUGGCUAGAAAGGGAUGAACUAUUGUGGAAACAAAGAGCUAAAGUUAAGUGGUUGCAAACGGGGAGCUUAAGAGAUCAGAUAAUCACAAACUACUUUCAUCAGUUGUUUAAUUCCACUGGUCAACAAGGCCAAACUGAUUUCUUAGAUGACCUUGCUGGGAGAGUUUCAGAUGAUAUGAACUCUUCUCUUACAAAAACCUACUCGGCAGCAGAAGUAUCACAAGCCUUGAAACAAAUGAACCCCCUUUCAGCUCCUGGUCCCGAUGACAUGGCUCCCAUCUUCUACCAAAAAUAUUGGAGUAUUAUUGGUGGAGAGGCUGCUUUUGUCCCAAGCAGGCUGAUCACUGACAAUGUGCUGGUAGCGUACAAAAUGGUUCACUUCCUGAGGCAGAAAAGGAAAGGUAAGCAAGGUUACAUGUCGCUAAAGCUUGAUAUGAGCAAAGCAUACGACCGUGUAGAGUGGAAUUUUCUAGAGAAGGUUAUGCUAAUGGUUUGA